AUGAAAAUACCUCUCGCGCCGAUUCGUCGGAGCCAUACCAUAUCUGAAUUGAGUGAUAAACAUAAUGGCGAUUAUCCUGAUGAAGCUGAUACACUCGAUGCUUCUAAUCUCCGACUUAAUCGUAUUCGUAGUUUGCAUCAUAUUGACAAGAUUGAGAUUGUUCCUGCAAGCACUAGUAAACUUCUUACAAUUGAACAACCCGCAAAAGCCGACACAGGCAAGAAGGUGUCUUGGGGCCAAUCUAAAUCGUUACAAAUACAACUGCCAUCCGAUGCUGGAAUGGAGGGUACUGAUGACAAAGCUUUCAAUAAGGAAACACAAUCUCCAAGAUUUCACGCGAUAAUGCAUGUCACAAGUGGCCGUAGAAAAGUUCCUGAUGUAAAGAGUUUCUCUCAUGAGCUCAAUUCUAAAGGAGUCCGGCCUCUGCCAAUUCGAAAACCUCAUGCACAUGGACAUGUAGAGGAGAUCAUGGUGAUGCUCAAAGGGAAGUUUGAAAAGUUGAAGGAAGAAGUCAAUUCUGACUUGGGUAUUUUUGCUGGAGAUAUGGUGAGGAUACUUGAAGAAACUUCAGAAUCUCAUCCAGAAUGGAAAGAAUCGCUUGAAGACUUGUUAAUUAUGGCCAGUAGAUGCGCGAAAAUGACAUCCAAUGAAUUCUGGUCGAGGUGUGAAAAUAUUGUUCAGACUCUGGAUGAUCGUCGUCAGGAUUUACCUAUGGGUAUUCUGAAACAAGUCCACACCCGUCUUUUAUUCAUACUCACUCGAUGCACCCGGCUCGUGCAGUUUCACCAUGAGUGUGGUCAUGAAGACAACCAUCACAUUUUUGGUCUUCAUCAGCUUAGUGAUCUUGGGGCGUAUGCAGAAAAUGUUAGAGAGUUUACAUACCCAUCCUUUAGUAGUCCAUUAGGAAAAUUUGAUGCUAAUGAUGUGAAAUCCACCAAGACACAUGGAGGGGAACAGGAAACUGUAAAAAGUGUGGCUUCGUAUACUGGUAGAAGAAUGUCGUCAUGGAAGAAGCUUCCAUCUCCAGCAGAAAGAAGUUCCAGAAACCAUUCUGCCUUAGAUGUCCCAUCAAAGGAUCUAUCCGACCAUAUGGAAGAUACCCCAGUGCAUGCUUCUAAUAAUUCGGAUACAGCCUCAAAUGCAAGGAGAGUUACAUCUGGAGUUUCAGGAGAACAACAUUAUACCGCCUCUGACAGCUCAUUAAUAUGCCGUAUAUGUGAAGUUGAAAUUCCUACUGUACAUGUGGAGCAACACUCUAGAAUAUGUACUAUUGCUGAUAGGUGUGAUUUAAAAGGUUUGAGUGUCAAUGAAAGACUUGAAAGAGUUGCAGAAACUCUUGAAAGGAUCAUCGAUUCAUGGUCACCAAAAGGUGCUGACUUGGCAGUUGGAAGUCAAGAGAGUGGGAGAAUAUCCCUAUCAAGUAUAUCUGAAGAUUUGUACAAGGUAUCACCUAGAGACCACCUGAAUUCUUGUCAAUGCUCUGAAAACCUUCUUGAAUAUGGUCAUAACCCUGAAGACUUCCACAUUUCGCCUAUGAAUUGCGGCACAAGUGGGACUUCAAUACCUAUUAUUGGUCCUAAGGCCUCAUCAGCUGGAAGCUUGACUCCUAGAUCACCUCUAAUAACACCAAGAACAAACCAGAUCGAUAUAUUCAUGAGCGGAAGGAAAACCAUAUCUGAGCAUGAAGACUCACAGCAGAUUCACAAGCUAUUGGAGAUUGCUCGAUCUCUGGCACGCAUAAACACUAAUGACUACAGUGCAUUGGAACUCAUGCUUGAUCAUUUAAAUGACCUCAAAUAUGCUAUCCAGGACAGAAAGGUGGAUGCUCUUGUUGUUGAGACAUUUGGGAGACGUAUCGAAAAACUACUUCAGGAGAAAUACGUAAUUCUUUGUGGACAGAUAGAUGAUGAAAAAUCAGAAUCAUUAAGUAACAUCCCUUAUGAAGAUAGCCCAAUAGGUCUGGACACAGCCCGGAGUUUUCAUGCAAGCCCGGCAAGUUCAUACUCAAAGGAUCGCACAUCUAUUGAAGAUUUUGAGAUAAUAAAACCAAUUAGCAGAGGUGCAUUUGGACGAGUUUUUUUGGCCAGGAAAAGGGCAACAGGUGAUUUAUUUGCUAUAAAGGUUUUAAAGAAGGCUGAUAUGAUUCGUAAAAAUGCAGUUCAAAGCAUUUUGGCUGAACGUGAUAUAUUGAUAUCAGCUCGUAAUCCUUUCGUGGUGCGGUUUUUUUACUCCUUCACGUGUAGAGAAAACCUAUAUCUGGUGAUGGAGUAUCUAAACGGUGGAGACCUUUUCUCUCUGCUAAGAAAUCUCGGGUGCUUAGAAGAAGACAUGGCACGUCUAUAUAUUUCCGAACUUGUUCUUGCAUUGGAGUAUUUGCAUUCUUUGAAUGUCAUUCAUAGAGAUUUGAAGCCAGACAACUUGUUAAUUGGUCCAGAUGGCCACAUCAAGCUGACAGAUUUCGGGCUAUCCAAAGUUGGUCUGAUAAACAGCACGGAGGACUUAUCGGGGUCAACAACCAUCAGGACUGCUAUCUUUCAGGAUAAUGAAGUCAAACUAGAGUCAGCAUCAGUGAACAAAGAACGGAGGCAAAAGCUUUCAGUUGUUGGCACCCCUGACUAUCUGGCACCCGAAAUACUUCUCGGCAUGGGACAUGCUGCGACAGCUGAUUGGUGGUCUGUUGGUGUUAUUCUUUUUGAGCUGCUCGUAGGGAUUCCUCCGUUUAAUGCAGAAUCUCCACAGCAAAUAUUUGCUAAUAUUAUGAAUAGAGACAUUCCAUGGCCUCAGAUACCUGGUGACAUGAGCUUGGAAGCUUUUGAUUUGAUAGACAAUCUGCUAAUUGAUAAUCCACUACAACGCUUAGGUGCAACGGGAGCUGGAGAGGUGAAGAGGCACUCUUUCUUUAAGAAUAUCAACUGGGACACACUCGCAAGACAGAAGGCAACAUUCAUACCAUCUGGUGAUACACUUGAUACGAGUUAUUUUAUGAGUCGAUAUAUCUGGAAUCCAGACGAUGAACAUAUUGAUGGAGGUAGCGACUUUGAUGAAAUGUCUGAAGUAGACAACACUUCAUGCGAUGACAGUUCACACAGCAACAUUGUGGAUGAAGAGGAAGAUGAAUGUAGUAACCUGGCCGAGUUCAGUGCGCCACUUCUCAAUGUAAAUUAUUCAUUCAGUAAUUUCUCAUUCAAGAAUUUGUCCCAGUUGGCUUCCAUCAACUAUGAUUUGCUUAUAAAAAGUACUCAAGAUUCGAUAGAAAAUUCUAAAGCAGACACACCAUGAUAUCCACAAAUAUGUAAAACUUUGUAUUAAGUAAAAGAAGGCUUAAUGCAUUUUUUUUCCUUGUAAAUAUAUGUGUAAGAUCUUGUUCUUCAAACUCCUAACCACAU